GAAGAAAGGUGUCGUGAAGAAGGUCGCACCAGCUCAUGAAGUGCUCGAGAUGAAGAAGCGCGACGACGAUGAUGACGAGGACGGUGGCGACGAUGACGAGGAGGACGUGCCGCUCUUUGAUAACGGACCCGGCGGUUCCGGCAAUGGCAAACCUCUGCACAAAUGCCAGGGCAGCUGCAGUGAUGAUGCAGAUUGCGAGGGCGACCUCGUCUGCGUCACUCCAAAGUUCGUGGGCUGGGAUGGCUUUGUGCCAGGCUGCCGCUCGGGGCCCCGGGGCAAGCCGCUCUGGGAGUUCCGAUACUGCUCCGAGAAGCCUCCGGAUGGCUGGAGGACCGCCACCACUUCCACCACUACUCCGGAGCCCACGCCUCCGCCUCCCCCUGCACCCUCGGUAAUCACAGACUGUCCUGCCGGAGGUGUUUGUGCACGUCUCAUGGCUUUCAACGUCUACUACGCGGCGCUGGGCCGAGAAGACCGCAUGGAUGGCAUCGCCCAGGCCAUUGCCGACGUGACGCCCGACAUCGCCGUCAUCACAGAGCAGUGGAAGGAGAAGCCGACAAUCCUC